AUGGACACUAUCAAGACCCUCGCUGAAGGAAUACAAAAUGCAGCAGCUACUGCAAAUGAGGCUGGCCGCAAAGAACUGUUGGACUCUCUGAGAGAUCUGCAAUAUUCUAUCGAGAAGCCUGAAGAUACAAUGCAGAGAGUCAUCCAUUUGAAACCACUCUUUGUCGAUAUAGGAGGAGCCUCAGGUCAACAAUGUAUCGAGUUUCGGAAAAGAUUUCCUGAUAUUGAAGGUCGCGUUAUAUCCCAGGAUCUACCCGGAGAAAUCGAGCAUGCCAUGUCACAAGGUCUACCCGAUGGAGUCGAGGCCAUGGUUCGUGAUUUCUACACUCCGCAGCAAGGAGCAAAAUUCUACUACCUGCGUGCCAUUCUCCACGAUCAUCUGGAUGAUAAAGCUAUUCUCAUUCUGAAGAAUAUCAUGCAAGUCAUGGAAAAAGAUGCCUUAAUCUUACUCGAUGAAAUGGUGUUGCCAAAUUGCAAUGUGGACUGGUUUGCUACGCAGACGGAUUUGACCAUGCUAGCGGCAUUCGGUUCGAUGGAGCGAACGGAAGCGCAGUGGAAAAGUCCUCUAGAAAGUGUGGGACUGAAGUUGAGGAGAACUGUUACUUAUACGCAGGCUUUCAGGCUUAGCAUAAUUGCCGCAAGUCUUUGA